ACCAAUUUCAGCGAAACUAAAUGGCUUCUGAUUCCAGUAAAGUUUCUCACAAUAUCACAAGCCUCGAGCACCAGAGGUCGCUCCCAGCCUCCUCCUGUAUUCCAUGGCUUAUUGCGCUCAGCACUGAAUGUCUGGCCAUAGUCAUCUUUAACAUCAUCGCCAUUAUUGUGUUUGUGAAGCAGCCCCAGCUACAGCGCCGGAGUAAAUACUUGAUCAUCCAUCUGGCCAUAGUUGAUUUGUUAGUCGGAGCAGUAUCAGGACCGAUGCAGAUUCAUUUAAGAAUGGCUUUGUGUUACGGAGAGCUGGAGAGUUAUGAUAUAACUUACUUAAGAAUAAAUUUAGCAAUAAGACCUUUUUUCCCCUUUGCAUCUCUUGUUAAUCUCACUUUCAUUUCGUUGGAACGAGCACACGCAACAUAUCGCCCUUUCAAGCAUCGUUUUAUAAAGAAAUGGGUUUAUGGAAUAUUCAUAGCUUUAAUUCAUUUAUCCACAGUUUGUAAGGGUGCUAUAGAAGGGUUUACCGAUUGGCCUUUCAAUUACAUUUGGGUUGGUUCUUCUUAUUUCAGCCUUCUCGUUCUCAUUUGCGUCUCUUAUAUAUCCAUCGCUAUCAAAGUUCAUUGCAGUCGUCGUCCUCAACACCAUUGUGCAGCCGGUCUGAGGGAAAGAAAACUGACGAGUACAUUGUUUUUUGCCACAUGUGCAUCAUUAUUAACUUUUGUGCCGGUUGUUAUUUACGAAAGUAUGAUUAUGUAUCAUAUCAUAGCCAUUCCAAAAUUUACCUUACAUUUUCAAAUUUCUAACACUACGCUACUAUUAUUCCUGGCCAACUCGCUAAUUAAUCCUAUAUCCUAUGCAGUGCGAAUGCCACACGUUAGGGCAGGAAUAUCAAAAGUGGUAUUCUGCAAGACGCCCGAUAACCGUAUAAAUCCGCUGGAAUAA